AUGUCGCCUGAUAGAUUUAUCCCAAAGCGAGACUUCGUGGAACCAACAUCAACAACAUUUCGUGUGGCCAAGCAUCCGCAGCGUCUUUCGCCUCAAGAGAGACUGCUUCGACGACUUCCGCCCGGUGAUGAUCCGUUCCUACCCUCAAUCCCGCGUAGGACUUAUGCUGCCAACAGACCCCAGCAGCCAACUCGGCUUCAGCAGAUCCCACAUCAACGGCCUCGUCUAGUCACUGAUGGCAAUAUCACGGACGACGACGCUACACAUGAAUCUUUGAGACACGUCAGCUCCGUUCCCCCUAGUGCGGCUCCUGAUAACACGCCAACCACUUCGACCAAUGGAUCAUCAGCUGCCCCGGUUUUCGUGGCUCGGUUCUUACCCAAGAAACCAAAAUACAGUGAACAAGAAAUCCAUGAGUCGAGACUUGCGCUUGCUUUGGGAAUUGACCCGACGACUCGACAGCUAGGUACUACUUGUCUGCGGUAUCUGGAUGCACCCCUCAAUCCAGCCUCCCCAGACUUCGAGCGCCUCUCCCCGUUUGAGUGGAAGGACAGUGCUUGGAAGAAAGUUGAAAAGGAGCGUUCACUCUUGCAUACUCAACAACAUCUGGGAUACUGGCUGUGGGCCUGUGCCAUCAAGUAUAUCUCUGGUCUGAAGGCCAUGGAGUGGAUUAUCCCCCCCUUUCCAGAUCUGCACCCCUCUAAUUAUGUGACCUCCCUGUCGUUUUCUUCUGAGGAUGGCGAGCGAAGCAUUCUUGCAGUGGCCCGGCGGUCUGGCCAGUUGUCUCUAUGGAGCACAUUCGAGAAGCAACCCCGGUUUGAGAUCAGUCAUCCCAGUCCCCUUACAUGCGUGGCAUUUAGGCCGAGAACAUCACGGCGACCUUCAGAACGGUUCAUGCAUGUGGAAGUCGACGCAGAAGAGAUUGUUGUCGGUGACGACUUUGGAAACAUCUGGUACUAUUCGGUGGAAUGGUCUGACCAAGAAGACCAGGCUAAGUGGAAAUGGAACGGGUCCAUGACGCUUCUUGCCAAGAUCUGUGCACACACUCAACAAAUCUGUGGACUGGUUUGGUCACCCGAUGACAAGUACCUUGCCACGGGCGGUAAUGAUAACGCCUGCCUUCUCUUUGAGCUGGCCGAGAUUGUUCCACCACAACAUUUAAAUUAUACGGUCCCAACCAUUACGCCCCCGGAUUCACCUAGCAGCUUCAGCCUCGGUGUAUUUCCAUACCUUCCUCUGGGCACCACAAGAAGACGAACGUUUCUUAGACGACCUGUUCUCCCAUCGUGGCUUGCUGCUCCCAUUAAGCCCCCGGCCGCGGCCGCGCUUUUAAACCAUGCAGGCACUCUAAUUUCCGGUGGUGGACGAACGAUUCUGGUCCCAUAUGGCCGUCAGAGACAUCGUCUGAUGCACUCCGCUGCGGUCAAAGCAAUUGCAUUUGCGCCAUGGCAGCCGUCUCUGCUUGCGACGGGGGGAGGUACUAACGACAAGGCUAUACACUUCUAUCACACCCGGAGCGGAGCCUGUCUCGCAAGCAUCAAUGUCUUCGCGCAGGUGACGAGUCUCAUAUGGAGCGAAACUCGGCGUGAGGUCGCCGCUACUUUCGGUUAUGCGCAGCCAAAUCACCCAUUCCGAAUCGCGGGAAAGUCCCUCGUUUCUCUGGUGUAUACUCUCAGUAGUCCGGACAGUCAGUCAUCCUCAGCUUCGUCCUCGUCCUCGUCGACCCAGUCUCGGUCUCCAGAACAAGGAGCUCCGACCCGUGGGCGCAGGACCGGCAACCGCAAGAGCGGUGCUCGGAUGGUCACUCCUAAGGAGAAAGAAGGUGGAAUGUGGUGCACACGAACAAAGGAGGAAGGGUGCAUUAUUGUCGCGUCUAGUGAUCAAACUGUGAAGUUCCAUGAAGUCUGGACUGGAAGAAGGGCAAGCACUACGUCUACUUGUGGACUCUUCGGCGGAAGCGAGAUUCUCGAGGGCCUAGAGGGCAUUGAGAAGUCCGGUUGUGAAGUCAUUCGUUAG